AUGUGUCCGCGCACGCCUCGCCUCCAUGGCUCCGUGCGGCCAAGUUGCACCCCAUUGCCCUGCCUCCAGGAGGAGGCAGCCUCCCUGGCCUCCCUGAAGGACGAAGCCAACAUCGCCUUUGCUAAGCGGGAGUACGAUCAUGCCCUGGCAACCUGGGACCGCGCCCUGAAGCUGGCGCCUUCGGGCAGCACCGAUGCGGCGCUGCUGCAUUCCAACAAGGCUGCCUGCCACAUGAUCAACAAGCGCUUCAAAGAGGCUGUGAAUGAGUGCUCCACAGCCCUGGAGCUGCAGCCCUCCUUCUUCAAGGCCCUGGUGCGGCGCGGCAAGGCCUACGAGCAGAUGGGCCAGCUGAAGAAUGCGCUGACGGAUCUACAGCGUGCCAACAAGCUGGAUGCCGCCACCCAAGAGAGCAAGGAAGCAGAGCAGCGGUUGAGGGACGCCGUGGCCGGCAAGAAGCCAUCCGGCUUGGGCAACGGCCUGGGCCCCCGCCGCACAGGCGGAGCGGCGGGCUCGGGCAAGGCCCCCGCCCCCUCUCGCCAGAUCGUCUUCCCGGCCAAGCUGUCUUUCGAGGAUGACGUGCGCGCCCUGCAGCUGGUCCCCGGAGUCACGUAUCUGGAGCUGAUCGAGCAUGUCCGCCAGCUCUUCCCCGCGGCCAGCCCCUUUGUGCUCAAAUACCUGGACAAGGAGGGUGACCUGGUCACCAUCGGCUCCCGUAACGACGUCCAGAGGGCCAUGCAGGAGGCGGUGGAGACCGCGUCCCGCUCAUCUGGGAACCGCGGCCCCGUCACCCAGGCAUCCCUGGCGCCCAUACGCCUGCAGGUCGUCCGCGUCUCCAGCGAGGACCAAGUGCCCAAGGUGCCAGAGGACGAGCUGGCGUACGUGCAGCAGAUGCUGGCGCAGCUGCAGAAGGCGCAGGCGGCGCGCGGCGGCGCGGCCGAGCCCGAGGCCGCGGAGCCCGAGGCCGGCCCCGUGCAGGUGGACGAGUGGAUCCUGUCCUUUGUGGACCUUCUGAAGGAGCACUGCGGCAUCGAUCCCGACCGCCCCCUGGAGGCGUCGGAGGUGGGCAACGACAAGCUGCAGGCCGCCUUCCAGGAGAUGAUGGAGGGCGACCCCAAGGCCGACACCCUGCUGGACGCGGCGCUGGAGAAGUUCGAGGACCAGGUCUGCUUCGGCAUGUACAACCAGGCCACGGUGCACCAGUACCGUGCGGAGUUUGCCAUGUACCGCGCCGCGCGCGCGGGCGAGCCCGCCUCCAGCGUGGCGGAGGAGGUGGAGCGCCACCUGGCACGCGCCGAAGCCAAGCACGCCGAGGCGCUGGAGUACAAGCCCACCUUCCUGGACGGGUACCUGGGGCAGUCCAGCGUGGCCCAGAGCCGCGCCAAGCUGGCGGCAGACUACCUGCUGGAGCCGGUGCGGCCGCGCGAGGACCUCAAGGACGCCGCCGAGCGCGCCGCUGCGGAGGAGGCGGCCAACCGCGCCGCGCAGGCCAAGGCGUUUCAGCGCGUGAGUGCCGAGUCGGCGCAGGCCGCGGAGGCCUUCAUGGACGCCAGCUACGCGCUGAUCGGGGCCGCCAUCGACCACAUGUCGGAGGAGGAGCGGGGGAAGGAGGUGAAGCCGAUGCGGCCCACUGCGGAGCAGACGCCUGGCGACCCGGAGUCGGAAAUGCCGGUUAAGGCCUCCCUCCUCAUCAACCUGGGCAACGCGCACUACGAGCACUCCAUCCUGCGCGCCGCGGGAGGGCUGGACUGGAGGCCGCUGGUGGAGAAAGCCGCCGCCAAGUUCCGAGAAGCUGGUGCGCACCAGGUGGACAUCCGCAAUGCGCUCAAGGGCCACCCGUUGUCCGAGGAGCUGGCGGACUUGAUAGGGCCCGAGCCGGAGGAGCCGGAGGUGUCCCAGGAUGCACCCACGGAGGAGAGCACCACCGCGCCCAAGGGUCUGCCCGCGCUGCCGAGCAAGUCGAAGAAGAAGGAGGCCGAGGCGGCGGCCUGA